AUGGUCCGACACUCCUCGAAACUCCAACCAGAAAUCGUCCUUCUCGGCUCGAAGGCAAUUUCACGAGAAGAGCAAGAAGACUCUUCGAGCUCCUCACUUCCUCAUUCAGCCGUCGGUGACCCUCUUUGUGUCGCUUUGUUCCGUGGUUUGCUGGCCCUAUCGGUACCGGGUUCACAGAUGUUCCCCGCCGAUCGUAGCGCCAUUGCCAGGAUUAGCAUCUCAUCAGCUCGUCUGUCCACUCUUCACUAUGAACAUGGACAUUCUAGGUCGCUUAAUGUGAUUAAAAUACACUGA